UAGCUAUUUACCGACCAAUGCAGCUGAAUCCCCGGCAGACUGCGAGCCAGGCGGCGAAGAGGAUUGUGAGGAGGAGGAGAUCCGCAAGGAUGACCAUCCAGAGCUGCCGCCUCCACGUCCAGCUGGGUCCGGCCCGCCCCCGGUGCGAGGCUCGAUCCCUCUUGGGCGUGGUCCGCGCGGCUAGGUCAGCGUCCCUCCGCGCGGCCUCCUCCUCCGUGUGGGCCUCCGCGGCGGCGACCUCGUUCGCCUCGCGCGCGUCGUCGCCCGGCGGGAGUGGCAAGCGCAGCGCUAGGCGCGGCAUCUCGUCCCGCAUCUGGGCCUGCGGGGCGGCGAGCCGGGACGGGAUUUGGCGGGCUGGCGGCGGCGACCGACCUUGGGCGGUGUAGCGUUCGGCGGGGCGGCGCGCGGUCUGUGUUUAGGCGGCGGCGCGCUGGGCAGGAACG